AUGCAUGUUUUUACUAACAUGUUCUCAGGGUUACAAAGGCAACUUACAUUAUUAAAGUUAACUAUGAUAUUUGUUAUAAUAUUUAUGUCAUUCGUAUUAUUAUUAAGUUUGCUAUGUAAUUCGUGUUUAUAUGCAAGUAAACACGUAAAACAUGAUGCAAAUUACAUCAGUAACGAAAAUUACAAGCAUAAUAAUCUAGUAAGCAAUAAAUCUACUAUAGCCAUGUUCUCAAUAGAUGAAAUGAAAAAUAUAAGAGUGCAAUUAAAUUCUAGAAAAAGUAAAUUAGAACAAUAUUGUAAAACCAUUGGUAGAACAAGCUCAAACUUGGAUAAUGUAUUAUCAAACAUGAUUAUUGAUACAACACAUGGAUUAUCAUGGUGUCCUAUAUACAAAGCAGCAAGUUCUACAUGGAUGAAGCAUUUUGCUAUACUUGGAGGUGUAUUAACAGAAUCAGCCAUGGAACUGAUUCGUAAAAACAUUUUACAGAUUAAUACAAUUGUUAGAAAAGCAUUUCCUCGUGAUCGAGAUGUUAAGAAAGUAUACCAAAAGUUAAAUACAACAACAAAAUUUUUAAUAGUGCGUCAUCCAGUUGAACGUCUUGUAUCUGCCUAUAGAGAUAAAUUGGAACAUAUAGAAGGAAGAGAUUAUUAUUAUAAAAGAUUUGGACGUCAUAUUGCGCAUAAAUACCACCGAUAUAGGAAGCCGAAUGAAACAAAACUAGAACCCACGUUUACAGAAUUUCUUCGGUUUAUAGUAGAAGAAAAAUAUUUUGAUGAACAUUGGGCACCAUUUAUCGAUACAUGUGAACCUUGUUUAAUUCCGUACAAUUAUAUUUUAAAAUUUGAUACUUUUGAUAGAGAUCAAAAAUUCCUAAUACAAGAAUUAGGUUUAAAUGAAUACCUGUAUGAAAAAGAUGAUUUGAAAAAUAUAAAUCCACGUGGAGUUACAACUACUGCUUUAGUUAAAAAAUACAUGCAAACUGUUCCUAGAACAUUGCUUGAUGAAAUUAACAAAGUUUAUGAAAAUGAUUUUAAGCUUUUCUCCUAUUUACCCAUAUAA